CCUUCCUGCAUGCGUGGGCCCGGUGGGGGCGGGGUUUCCGGGAGCGCGGGCGCCGUCGGGCCUGACACGGCGGCCGCGGCGAGGAGGAUGGCCCUGAGGGGGCGCCGGUAGCAGCGCCCGCAGCGGCGGCGGCAGCAGCAGCAGGUCACCAAUCCAGCCCAGUCCAGCUGGCAGGAUCUAGCCCCUGUCGGCACCACGCUGCCUCGUCAACAUGAACGAGGUGUCGGUCGUCAAGGAGGGAUGGCUGCACAAGAGAGGUGAAUACAUCAAAACCUGGAGGCCCAGGUACUUCCUCCUGAAGAGCGAUGGGUCUUUCAUUGGGUACAAGGAGAAGCCUGAAACGUCAGACCACAACUUGCCCCCAUUGAAUGAUUUCUCUGUGGCAGAAUGCCAGUUGAUGAAAGUCGAGCGUCCACGGCCCAACACCUUCAUCAUCCGCUGUUUGCAAUGGACAACAGUCAUUGAAAGGACGUUCCACGUGGACUCUCCAGACGAAAGGGAGGAGUGGAUCCGGGCCAUCCAGAUGGUGGCCAACAGCUUAAAGAACCAAGAGCCGGAAGAGGACAGGAUGGAGUACAAGUGUGGCUCCCCGAGUGACAGCACGGGGGCCGAGGAGAUGGAGGUGGCCGUGUCCAAAGCCCGGGCCAAGGCGACCAUGAAUGACUUUGACUACCUGAAGCUCCUUGGCAAGGGCACUUUUGGGAAAGUCAUCCUCGUGAGGGAGAAGGCCACGGGGCGCUACUACGCCAUGAAGAUCCUGCGCAAAGAAGUCAUUAUUGCCAAGGACGAAGUGGCCCACACCGUCACAGAGAGCCGGGUCCUGCAGAACACGAGGCAUCCCUUUCUCACGGCCCUGAAGUACGCGUUCCAGACCAACGACCGCCUGUGCUUCGUCAUGGAAUACGCCAACGGAGGGGAGCUGUUUUUCCACCUUUCAAGAGAGCGUGUCUUCACGGAGGACCGUGCCCGUUUCUACGGGGCUGAGAUUGUUUCUGCCCUGGAGUAUCUCCACUCCCGGGAUGUUGUUUACCGUGACAUCAAGCUGGAGAAUCUUAUGCUGGAUAAAGAUGGACACAUAAAAAUCACCGACUUUGGCUUGUGUAAGGAAGGCAUCACUGAUGGCGCCACAAUGAAGACCUUCUGUGGGACCCCUGAGUACUUGGCCCCUGAGGUGCUGGAGGACAAUGACUACGGGCGGGCCGUGGACUGGUGGGGCUUGGGCGUGGUCAUGUAUGAGAUGAUGUGCGGCCGCCUCCCCUUCUACAACCAGGACCACGAGCGCCUCUUUGAGCUCAUUCUCAUGGAGGAAAUCCGCUUCCCACGCACACUCAGCCCCGAGGCCAAGGCCCUGCUGGCUGGCCUACUCAAGAAGGACCCCAAGCAGAGGCUGGGGGGCGGCCCCAACGAUGCCAAGGAGGUGAUGGAGCACCGUUUCUUCGCUGCCAUUAACUGGCAGGAUGUGGUUCAAAAAAAGCUCACGCCACCCUUCAAGCCCCAAGUGACGUCUGAAAUUGACACGCGGUACUUUGAUGAUGAGUUCACGGCGCAGUCGAUAACCAUCACCCCACCUGACCGAUAUGACAGCCUGGACGCCCUGGACGCCGACCAGAGGACCCACUUCCCCCAGUUCUCCUACUCAGCAAGCAUACGGGAAUAGGGUGGCGGCCGUCCCAUGGUGCACCCACAGGAGGAGAGACAGUGGGGUUGCCGAGCAGCAGGACUCAGGGGGCCGAGGGGAGGGGGGGUUUCUGGCUCCCCCCCUCCGGUCCUUCAGUGCCUCAGCUUCUGGAGGCACCAAGCAGAGGUCUCUGGCCUGCCACACGCGGCCUCCAACAGCUGGGCAGCGAAGUGGGGCAGGGGGCAGACGGUUCUGCAUUUCCCACCAGUGGAGCCGCU